AUGGUGAAAUUAGCAUUGUCGAUUACGAUAUUCGUAAAUCUGUACUUUGCAUAUUCGAGCCCUACCAAUUCUACUCAAUCAAGCUCCUCCUUACCAUUGCACAUCGAAACGGCUGCGGGAAACCAAGCCGCUCAGAUGUUACUCGAAGGAGAAGAUUAUCAAUUCAAAGGACGUCAUGAUCCUUCAGCUCAACGUGCAAGCACGACCUUAGCGAAACAUAGAACGACUCAUACACCUGAACCGAAUAAAAGAAAGUGGGGAAGACAAAUCUCAAAUCCUGACAGUAGCUACCAGAAACGCAAAGCUAAAGCUAUUCAAGCAACGAUGAAAGAGGGAGGUCAUGAUGAAAAAACCGCCGAAAAGAUCGUCUUGGCUAAAUGGUCAAAAGAACGAAGUCUUGCCUAUAUUUUAAAGCCUAACACAGGAAACAAGAAAGAUGCAAGCAUACCGCUGAAUGCUGAACCUAAAGUCUUUGCGAAAAAUAAAGCAGAUGUCUCUAUUUAUCAAAAACGACUCGGUAGAAAUAUAAGGUAUGGACUGAACAAAGAACAUGCAAUUCAAGAUGCGACUUACUACAUGAUUGACCGUCAUCAACGAGCUCGUAUAGCACAAAAGAAGUAUAGAGAUAAGAAGCGUUUGGAAGAGGAACGGCAAAAGGACGAUAAAUCAGCUCAAUGA